AAUAACACGCGUGGAGACGGACACUAGGAGGUGACACUAGGAGGUGACACUAGGGAGGUGACACCGAGGACGACGUGACACAGAUUUAAGACUUCCCAGUGGGCCGUAAAGACAACAUCGAAGAUGCCGGUUACUAAAUCAGACGAGGACCAGGAAGAUACUUCUCAACAAAAUUGGAUGGUGUCAGUGAGUGAAGAGCCGGAGGUGAUGGAGCGGGGUAACUGGGGCGGGAAACUCGAGUUUAUCCUGACGUGUGUAGGAUACGCUGUUGGGCUAGGCAACGUCUGGAGGUUUCCAUACCUCGCGUAUAAAAAUGGUGGCGGAGCAUUUCUCAUCCCGUACUGGUUCAUGCAGAUCUUCGUGGGGAUGCCUCUCUUCUAUAUGGAGUUGUGUUUCGGACAAUUCGCCAGCCUUGGUCCUUUGGCUAUAUGGAAAAUUAGCCCGUUGUUCAAAGGUCUCGGCUACUGUUCCGUCAUCGCCUCCGCUCUCAUUGGUCUAUACUACAACGUCAUCAUCGCUUAUUGUAUCUAUUUCUUCUUCGCGUCGAUGACGGACCCGUUGCCAUGGGCACUGGGCUCUGACUCCGGAUCUAACAGUACCAAUGUAACUGUGAUCACAGGAGGGAAUACAAGUAACAUAUCUACGGUGCUGGAGAAAUCGGAGAGCGAGAGAUACUUCUAUGAGACGGUACUGGGCAUUUCUGAUGGACUGGAGGACAUGGGCGGUGUUCAAUGGCAUCUAGCUCUCUGUCUUCUGGCGGCCUGGGUCGUUGUUCUCAUUGUCCUUUCUAAGGGUAUCCAGUCCUUAGGCAAGGUCGUUUACUUCACGGCAACAUUCCCGUACCUCCUCCUUACGGCCUUGCUGAUCCGCGGGGCCACUCUCCCCGGGGCUAUUGACGGUAUCCACUACUAUCUUACUCCGACUUGGGAGCGGCUUUUAGAUUCCACGGUAUGGAGCGAUGCGGCCACUCAGGUGUUCUACUCUCUGAGCGCGUGUUCUGGCGGACUUAUUCUGAUGUCCAGCUUCAACAAGUUCGACAACUUCUGUCUUAGGGACGCCCUGAUUGUGCCGUGUAUAGACUGUGUAACCAGCUUCUUCUCCGGAUUCGUUAUCUUCACCGUGCUGGGCUUCAUGGCGAAUGCAAAAGGGGUCAAGGUUGAGGAUGUAGCAACGGGAGGUAGCGGGCUGGCUUUCGUCGUGUACCCAGAAGCCAUCGCCAAUAUGCCAGCACCCACCGUGUGGGCCGUCCUGUUCUUCUUCAUGCUGCUCGUCAUAGGCUUCAGUUCACAGUUCUCCAUUAUGGAAUGUGUCAUGUCAUCAUUUAUUGACGAGUAUGCGCACGUCCUCCGGAAGAACUGGAGGAACUCUUUCCUGUUCCGGAUAGGUGUGGCUGCGUUGUUCUAUUUACUGGCAUUACCGAUGACAACAAGAGGCGGCCUGUUCCUGUUGGAGCUAGUCGACUCGGCCGUGAGUGGGUUCCCUUUGUUGUUUGUGGGACUAUUGGAGUGCAUCGUCAUCAACUGGAUAUAUGGUUACUCUAAUUAUGCCAAGGACAUACAGAUGAUGAUGAAACGGACCCCUUGGGCAUACUGGGCCUAUUGCUGGUGUGGGAAAACACCUCUAGUACUGUCGGUGGUGAUCAUAUUUAAGGCCGUGCAGUACGAGAAGAUCACACUCCUGGGGUACGUGUAUCCCGCCUGGGGGGAGAUGUUAUGGUGGCUGGUAACACUCUUCCCUAUACUGGCUAUUCCGGUCUGGUUCCUCUUCUACUACUGUAAACACGGAGGCUGGCGUGUUUUGGUCGAGCUGAUGAAACCACUUCCUGAAUGGGGGCCUGCUGAUGACUGCAACAGAGACGGAAUUCGCUAUAAGAAGAAAUCAUCACUGAAGAUCAUGAUGUCAGACCGAACUAUCUUCCCGGGUUACAGUCCGGGGAAAAGUUAAUGAAGCAUUUCUGCCCGAACAGGGCAUGUUACCUCCGGAUUACGAUGAAGCUACCCACAUGUGAGGGAGACAGAUUGUAAUACACAGAGAACCUAAAAAUCAAGACAAUUCAAUCGAAAAUCUACAAAGAUCUAUGUGUUUAAAUUUCUGUCACUUAAUUGCCAACUCAGAAACAAGUCCAUGAGGAUCAAGAUGAAUUGACGGUGACUUUGAAUUAAUAAAACGUGUUAACGUAAUACUUGCGCUAUAAAGUAAAAUUGCAUAUACACAUAA